GUGCUCCCGGUACUAGUUGUCUGUGUAACAACACAACUGUAGUGGUGUUGCAAACAACAAGAAGAAGGAGGAAAAGAAGAGAGCUGUGAACGUGCACAGUCCUGCUUGUUGACUGUUGAGCCUUCGCUCACCUUCCUGUGGCUCGGGUCUUUGAGAACCUCAGUGUGAUUGCAACUUGUCCAUGUGACUUGGUUUCCGUUGCCUGCCUGCUUCCGUGAAGAGUUAAAAAAAAAAGGGGGCACUAGCGGUUCAGUCAGAGACGAGUGCUGCAGCUGAAAGUCACACACAUGAGAGCUCUUUCUACAACGGCAAGUCACUCGGCGAUAUGGUCAGGGGAUCAACCGUCAGUGGCUUGGGAAAUCCACAUCUAACCACCAGUUGAGGAUGAUAAAAUGCCAGUCCAAGGUCUAAAUCCCAUUGUACUUUGCUUAUUGGCCAUGUGGAGAAUCUUGACACCAGUCUUAAGUCAUCCAAAAUUCAACCACUGCCACCAGGUACAUGAAAAUGCUGUCUGCAACAAUGCUAGACUGUCCUCUGUGCCUGAAGGACUGCCCCAGACCUUAGAAGAGCUUCAUCUGAACUACAAUCAAAUUAAAACACUACAUGACAAGUCUCUCCUUCCUUACCCUUCACUCAUCACUUUAACCUUAGCUUGUAACGAUCUGGAGAAAGUACAAUCAAAGGUCUUUGAAGAUUCAAAGUUAUUAGAGAACUUAAAUUUUGCAAACAACAAUAUCUACAUUGGCUAUGAAGAAACCAGUGUUGCAUUAAGAAAGCUGCCUGGUCUUAGAUUUCUAGACCUUUCUGAGAAUAAGCUUAAUGAUGAAAUGGCUUUCACUCUUCUUCACAAUUUAUCAACCCUGGAGUACCUAAAUCUUUCUGGAAAUCUCUUGCAAAGAUUGGACGAGACCUCGUUCAGGGAUCUUCACAACCUCAAAGAGCUAGAUCUUCAAAGAAACAUAAUGUUUGAAAUCGACAGUGCCUUUGGCGGUAACCCGAAGCUUCAGAGGCUCAACUUGGCCUUUAACAUUUUGCCUUGUCUGACCGACUUCCACAUGACUCAACUGGUCGUCCUCAAUGCCAGCUACAACUACAUCGAGUGGUUCAUCUCAAGGCAGGACCUCAACGACACGUUCAAGCUAGAGACGCUUGAUCUGUCAAACAACAGACUCCUCUUUUUCCCUUUCUUGCCAAGCCGCAGCAAGUUACAGAACCUUUAUCUCUCCAACAACCUUCUAAGGUUCUAUGAACACUAUGCAGACAACAAUACGCUCCAAAACUCAUCGACAAGCGUCGAGUUCUAUAAUCUGAAAAAGCACAUCAAAAAUGUGACUGUUGAGAUAUGGGAUGAAAGUCUUCAUGGUGAUAUUUCUUCUCUGGACACUUUAGAUUUGAGAAGAAACCAGGUGGAGUAUUUCCCUAAUGGGUUUAUACAAAAAAUGCCCCUGCUGUCAAGACUCCGAAUGAGCAUGAACUGCCUAGAAACGCUCAAUCUCACAUCAGAACAGUUCUUCGGCAGCCUGUAUGAGCUGGAUAUCAGCAACAACAGACUGAACCAGAUUUCAGUGGAUGAUGAGUCUCUCACCACAUUGGCCAACCUGACUUACUUUAACCUAAGCCACAAUGACCUAAAUGAGCUACCUGUUGGUUUAUUUUCUUCGUUGCCAAGAAUCCACUCCGUAGAUCUGAGCUAUAACAGCAUUGGCAUUUGCCAACCAGAUGAAAGAAAUAUCAAUGCAAGCAGCAGUUCAUCUUGCUUGCAAUGGAGCAACAUUGAUUCCCUUAGGCAGCUUUACCUUAAAGGUUGCAACCUUGAAACUGUUCCAAAUUCUGCAUUCACAGGUUUGUCACUAACACAUCUAGAACUGUCAGAUAACCCUGGCAUUGAUGUCCAAAAUUCAUUACAAUGCUUAAGCAGGACAUUGCAACAUCUUGGCUUGGGAAACACUCAAAUACAAGACAUUGAUCUUUCCAGGUUUCAAACUCUAAAGUCACUUAAUCUUUCAAAGAACAGUCUUUCCCAUCUCCCUCAUUCGAUUCAUGAUACUGACUUAAAAGUCCUGGACAUAAGGGACAACAGACUCUCCACCAUCCCCUCUGAUGAUGCUCAUUCACUGGCCUCUAAACUCCAUUUGAUUUUUCUCACAGGAAAUACAUUCAACUGCUGCCAAACACAGUGGUUUUGGACAUUUGAAGAAGCAAGGACGAUGAAUAUGGUUGGGAAGUCAGAUAUCAUAUGUGAACAUCAAUCUAUGCUGCACAGAGUGCAGGACUCACAUAGUCUUGAUUGUUCGGACGCAGAAGAAUCUAUCGUGUGGUACAUUCUGCUUCUUGUGCCUAUUUGUCUAUUUUUAUCCGGAAUCUCUAUUGUUGUUUUUCUUACCUUAAAGCCGAAAAUCCUACAAAUAUCAAUCAAAAAGAAAUAUUUGAGACCAACACCCUACUAAUAUCUAUAAAACUUUAAAUGUGAAUGUAUUUUGUAUGCUAUCGACAAAGGUAGCUUAACAGAUGUUAAAAAAGUGAAAUAAAAAAAUU